AUGCCUGAAGCCACGACAUCCACAACGCCCCAACAACAGCCAAAUCAAGAGAAUCAUGGAGGCUUUAGCUUUUCAUCCAUUCUUACCACACUGCUUCGAGUAUUUGUUAUAUUCACUCUAUUAAGAGCAGCGGGUCUCUUUGGAGGAAAUAAACAACAACAAACAGAAACAACUUCCACGGUGAAGGAAAACAUCCCAUCGCCUCCGAUGGGUAACGUUGUGGCAUAUGCUGCCUUUCCUAAAUCAUGUGCCAUGAUUUUAAGUUUAUACGCCUCCUAUGAGCGAGAUCGAAAGCUCAUGCGAAAAGUAUACGAUAAUGAAAUUUCGGAACCAACAACAUUCAAAUUUGAAAAGAUUUGGCAACAACGAAUUUUUUACAAUGAUGAUGAAAGUAACAAAAGAACAUUACAUUUAGAAAUUAACAAUCAGUCUACAGCUCUUUCUCCAUUCUAUGACAGGUUGAUCCACAAUGAAACAGUUUAUAUUCAUGGGUUUUUACAAGAAGAAAAAAAUCAAAAGAAAGAACGUGUGUUGCAUUUCGUUCAUCCUCUAAACAAGCAUUUACGAGUGAUAAAGAGCAAGAAGAGGAACUUGUUGUUUGACUCAGAGACGAAAAAUAUGACGUUGAAUGCUAUGAAUCAUACUAUUGAAGAAGAAGCUGAUAAGUUUGUCUCCCAUUAUGUGCCAACAAAAUAUUUAACUCUGGUUGAUUUACAUGAUCCAAUGCCGCUUGGGUCAUUGCCUGCUCAUUUUGUCAAUGCUCUACAAUUAUUGCCCGUUCAUGGAAAGACUAAAUUCUAUUAUCCUGUUCUUUACUUUAACGAGUUUUGGACCAUUAGGGAACAUUAUGUGCCAUUGAAUGACUCACUUGCUUCUAUUCCGUUAACCAUUGAAUUGUCAGUCACAUCAGCUUACAAAUGGCAAUUUUUCCUUCAAAUGGAGGAAUCGUUAAAGAUGCAAAAACAACUAGGUUCUGAAGAGGAAGAGCAAGAUGAGAUCAAGAGAAUGCUUUUUGACACUAACCCAUACUUACUUGCCGUGACCAUCAUUGUUUCUAUUUUACAUAGCAUUUUCGACUUUUUAGCUUUCAAAAACGACAUUCAAUUCUACAAAAAUCAAAAAAGCAUGGAGGGAUUAUCGAUUAGAUCAAUAUUUGUGAAUUGUUUCUUUCAAACAGUAAUUUUCCUUUAUUUAUUUGAUAAUGAUACAUCAUGGAUGGUGCUAAUAAGUAAUGGUAUUGGACUGCUUAUUGAAUAUUGGAAAGUGACCAAAGUGGUAGAUAUCAAGAUCAAGAGAAGUCCAACAUUCCCCUAUUUCUUAGACUUUUCACAUAAAUCCAGCUAUGUAAACAGCAAAACAAAGGAGCAUGACGAUGAAGCCCUCAGAUAUCUCUCCUACCUGUUUUAUCCAUUGAUUUUGGGAUAUGCUAUUUACGCGUUAUUUAACCAUGAAUUUAAGUCAUGGUACAGUUUUGUGCUCUCUACCAUCGUUGGAUUCAUAUACAUGUUUGGAUUUUUAAACUCCAUUCCUCAAGUUUAUGUCAACUACAAGCUUAAAUCAGUUGCUGCAAUGCCUUGGAGAGCUUUCACAUAUAAGGCAUUGAACACCUUUAUUGAUGACCUCUUUGCGUUUGUUAUCAAAAUGCCAACACUACACAGAAUAGCUUGUUUUCGAGAUGAUGUAAUUUUCUUCAUAUAUUUGUAUCAAAGAUGGAUUUAUCCAGUUGAUCCGAAGAGAGUUAACGAGUUUGGACAAACAGGAGAGGAAACUCAUGCUUCUCCAGAACAGGCUACUACAGUUACCACUAGUUCAGAGAAUCAAGCAAUUGAAGAUGUGUCAGAAGAUACUUUAGAAAAUACCACCGCUCUAGAUGCUCCUAAUACCCUGGUUAAUAGAAAAGCAAGUACAAGACAAUCCAGCCCAACAACCGUGAAAAGGAGCAAACAGAAAGUAACAAACAAAAAGAGGAAUAGUAUAUUUACAAAUAUUUAA